AUGGGAGAGGUAUCAAAGGACGACGACGACGACGACGACCGAAAGACGGAAGAAAAAAAACGAGCUCACAAGCGAGCGCCUAUCUCGACAUCCACUGCCGUGUGGCACAAGCUCGAGCGAAAGACAGUUAUACUACCCACGCCGGCUUUUCGUCGAUUUCGUCAGCAGCAGGGCGUCAACCACCGUCGGAACGCUCGCGAAUUCGACUACGUCUCUGGAUGUUCUGGCUCACGUGGGAUGUAUCUUUUGCCGUACGCUCAAGUCCUUUCUCAACGACAGCGGCUCAAGGAGGAAGAAAUGCUCAUCCGUUACAUCACAUUCAACUGCGUCCUCAAGGACACGGAGGUGGACAAAAGUCGCUCUUGA